UUAGCAUUAGUAAUAAUUACGAGGGGUUAGUUUGACACCUCAUAUUAAACACAAUUACGUUUUGUCCCUCCCACAACAAAGAAUUUAAGCAUUUCCGGUGCAUGGUAAACAAAAGGAAGUAAACGGCUUUGGUUUGAAAGAUGGCGGCGCACACGGAAAAGAACAACAAACAGGGAAAACCUGCAAAAAAGGAGGCUCAGCCUCUUAUAAUCGCCAAAACUCCGGCCGAGGAGCAGCGUCUCAAGCUGGAAAGGUUGAUGCGGAACCCCGAUAAGCUCGCUCCAAUCCCGGACAGACAGAGGGAGUGGAAGCCCCGGGCUCCCCCGGAGUUCGUACGCGAUGUGAUGGGCUCCAGUGCCGGGGCAGGCAGCGGAGAGUUUCACGUGUACCGACACCUCCGACGCAGAGAGUAUCAAAGGCAAGAAUUUCUGGACAAAAUGUCAGAGCAUCAAGACAAGGACGAGCACUACCUGGAUAAGGUGGAACAAAACAAACAGGAGGCCGAGGAGAGAACGGCAAAGCGCCGGAAGAAGAGAGAGAAGCUGAAGCAGAAGAAAAUGAUGGCCAAGAAAGCCAAACAGGAAAGUAUCAAGAAGGAAGACGAAGCCGAGAAGAGCUCGGAAAGCAGUGAAGAGGAGAAGAAAGAAGAAGAGGAGCAGGAGGAGAGAGAAGCUGACGAUGACGCAGAGGCACCGAGCUUCAUCAUGGGGAAGAAAUGACGCUGUUAUGCAGCGUGAGAGACUUAUUCCUAGCAUAAAGGCAAGGGAAUGGACACCUUUGCAUAAAACGCUGUAUACGAUGCAAAACAUUUGGUUUCUAUCUGAAAGACAUUGAUGUAGCCAUCUAAAUCACCUUUACUACGAUUAAAAAACUGCGACAUUUGCUUGUUGUAUUUUUUAAAUAAAAAAAACCCUCAUUUCAUGUGCAUACAUCUUAAA